UCUGUUUCGAACGCAGGGCUCUUGUGUUCUGGUUACGCCCGUUGGCGAAACCUGCGAUUGAUCUUAAUGGCUCCGUCGAUGCUUAGAGUUUCAUUGUGCCUUAUUUGGGCCGUGCUAGCUCUUUCUCCAUUCCCGUAUGUGGUAUCCAGGCCCUCUCGCAUACGCCGUCCGAGAUGUAUUCACACCAAAGGUGAUGACAGUGAUGGAAUCGACGAAUCGUCGGCUAAUAUUCGAAUAAAUUACCAGAUCUUUAAAGUUGCAUCUAAAACUCCCUCUCAUGUACAGAUUGUACAGCUCUUUUGCAAGACGGGAUAUUUUCUGGCGCUAAAUGUUACGGCAAGGAAGAACCGUAUUGUCGGAAUCGUCAAUGAAUCAAGUGAAAGCACAUUUUUCGAGUCCCAGUCCCUUGGAACGAGUAUUGUCAGGCUGCGAAAUAUUGCCAGCGGACGAUUUUUGGCGAUCAAUUCAAAGGGAAGGAUUAUUACACAGUCUAAAAUUUCGGAUGAAAGCAUUUUCAAGACGAUGUACGAGGAAAACUACUUCCAUACAUUUACUUCGCACAAAUAUUUCAAGAUCAAACGACAUGACCUGUUCCUUGGAAUCAAACAAAAUGGACGCUGUAAGUCUCCAAAGUUGACAUACCCUGGACAAAUCUCAGUUCAGUUUCUGUUGCUGCAUAACAACAACACCGAUAAAAUGAGAAUAGCAACGCCUGCAAGACAAAGUCGCGUGAAGCAAGGCAAGAGAGACAUGGGUUAACAGCAGAGCACAGACAGAAGAAACUGCGAUUUUUACAUGGGAAUAAAAGAGCAAUUUUGUGCCGCCGGAACUAAAAAACCAUUACUUUUGUCGCUCUUUCAGCUGCCAAAAGAAAGUUUAGAUUUCCCUGGCCUGAAAAACUUGAGCGUUUGGCAAAUCAGAAGGCAAUAUCGAACAUUUUUUUGGUGUUCGGAAAGUCUGUAGCCAUUGAAAGAAAGAGACAAACUGAUCUCAUAUGCGUCAUAUGCGGGAAAGUGCAUUAUUCAAACGAAAAGAAAGAAAAAAAGGAAAAUAAAUUCUCUAUUAUUAGUUAGUAUUAACAUAUGAAAUCUUCUUUCGAUUUAGAUGUUUAUAGGUAUUCAGAGGCCAUAAAUUAUGUUAAUGCACCUUACCUAAAUCAUUUGUACAAAUUUGGAGCAAUUCUCUGGAAUUUCACUCAGAGACAAGCAUUUGCAUUUUCCAUGUUUCCAUUUUUACACAGAUUAUCCAAUAUCAGAGUACAACCCGUGCAACAAAUCAGUGUCUUCAUCUCAUAAAUGCAUAUACGAUGUUAGUAUCCCCUUGAUGGAAGAUCCAUGUAUGAUAAUUUAACAAUUGUAAACUUUCCUUAGAAAACAGUAAAUUCUAGUCGAGUUUCCUUACUGUUGGUUUUCCCGAAAAGACACGACGCAUCUUCGCAGACUUAGAAAUGUCGUGGAGUCUUUUAAUUUAAAUUUUGAACAAUGUAUACCUUUCAUUUUGAGGCGAAUGUAAAGUAUUGCAUGUUUAACUCUUGAGUUUUCAGAGAUGAUUAGCAUGCAUCUUCUCCUUGCGAUUCUGCUAUGUUAUCUUACAAACAGGUUAGGAGAAUAAAGAAGCUCAUCAGUUA